ACCAAUUUCUCCAGUAAUCACACAGAGUAAGAAUUCUUAAGAUCAUCAUAGUUCCAGAGAAAAAUCUUCUAGUAAUUUUCAAUUCAAUAUGUCUCAGAAAGUUGAUAAUCAAACCACGAAGGCAGCACCAGUUUCAGCGGCUGAGAAGAAAUCAGUCAAGGAGAAAAGAGAAAAGGUUCCCAAAGAGAAGAAACCUAAAUCUGAUAAAGCUUCUCACCCUACUUACUUUCAGAUGAUUAAGGAAUCUUUGUUGGCAUUGAAUGAGAAAGCUGGAUCAAGUCCAUAUGCAAUCGCCAAGUACAUGGAAGAGAAACACAAAGAUGUAUUGCCAUCAAACUACAAGAAAAUGUUAGGUGUUCAAUUGAAGAAUUGUGUUGCUAAUCAGAAAUUGAUUAAGAUUAAAGCUUCUUUCAAGCUUUCUGAUGCAUCUAAGAAAGAGAUUAAAGCCAAAGCUGUUGUUCCUAAACCAAAAAGUGAGAAAUCUGUUGCUGCUGCUGAUGACAAGACCAAGAAGAGGAAGAAACCAACAACAUCAUCAUCUAAAAGUGUGAAAUCUGCUGCUGCUGUUGUUCCAAAAUCGAAAACUACUACCGUCAAGAAAUCUGAAACUACUGCUGCACCAAAGAAGAAGAAAACUGCUGCUCCUGCAAAGAAAGUUACCGCUGCUCCUGCAAAGAAAAUUGCUCUUGGGAAGAAGACCAAGAAAGCUACCACCCCUGUUAAAGCUAAACAGCCUAAAUCAAUCAAGUCUCCUGCUGCUAAGAGACCCAAGAAGGCUGGUGCUGCUUAAUUAGAUGUCAAAUUAGAGAUAAUAUUAAUGUGUGGUGUUUUUAUUUUGUUAAUCUUGUGUUCACUGUGUUUCUUUUGAUGUGAAUAUAAAGAAAUUUCAUGGAUGUUUCCCUUUUAAA